GUGUAGCGCUACUCCAACCUCUCAGUCUCUCUCACUCUCUCCUCUGCCCCCAAAAUAUAAAAGUUUUCUUUUUUCGCCUCUGGGUUUUGGUUCCUCUCUUUCCCUUUCCUCUGUAUGAUUGCAAAAACAGGGGAAAUUUUGCUUCCUCAAGAUUCCCGAAUCGAAAAACCCCUAAAUUUUCAACUCCGAAUGUGAGAAACCCUGUUUGUUCCCUUUUGAUUCUGUUCGUCUUCGUUCAGAAUGGGCCUUGCAUGACAAAUCCUGCUGCACUUCAUCUUCAACUUCGCUUCUGUUAAUGGCAGCUUCCGCCAUGGCCGCCGAGCCGACUCCAGAGGUACUUUCUUGGCUCAAAACCCUACCUCUCGCUCCUGAAUAUCACCCUACUUUGGCUGAGUUUCAAGAUCCAAUUUCAUACAUUUUCAAGAUCGAAAAAGAGGCUUCCAAGUUUGGAAUCUGCAAAAUUGUGCCCCCUGUUCUUCCUUCGCCGAAGAAAACUGUAAUUCUCAAUUUUAAUAAGUCGCUUGCAGCUCGUGCGCCAUGUUCUGACUCGAUUAACACCAAGUCUCCGCCUACAUUCACUACUCGCCAACAGCAGAUCGGGUUUUGCCCGCGAAAAACACGCCCGGUUCAAAAACCAGUGUGGCAGAGCGGUGAGUACUACACAUUUCAGCAAUUUGAGGCUAAGGCGAAGGCCUUUGAGAAGAGUUAUUUGAAGAAAUGUACGAAGAAAGGAGGGCUUUCGCCUUUGGAGCUCGAGACGCUCUACUGGAGGGCUACUUUGGAUAAGCCUUUUUCGGUGGAAUAUGCGAAUGAUAUGCCUGGCUCUGCGUUUGUACCUGUGAGUACAAAGAUGUUUAGGGAGGCAGGGGAUGGCACAACGCUUGGUGAGACGGCGUGGAACAUGAGGGCAGUGUCUAGGGCCAAAGGGUCUCUGUUGAAGUUUAUGAAGGAAGAGAUUCCAGGCGUUACUUCGCCAAUGGUGUAUGUUGCUAUGCUGUUUAGCUGGUUUGCUUGGCAUGUAGAAGACCAUGAUUUGCAUAGCUUAAAUUAUCUGCAUAUGGGGGCGGGGAAAACAUGGUAUGGCGUGCCGAGAGACGCUGCUGUGGCGUUUGAGGAGGUUGUUCGAGUUCAGGGAUAUGGAGGAGAAAUCAAUCCCCUUGUUACUUUUGCCAUUCUUGGUGAGAAGACGACCGUGAUGUCACCAGAAGUUCUUGUUAGUUCUGGAGUUCCAUGUUGCAGGUUAGUGCAAAAUGCAGGUGAAUUUGUUGUCACUUUUCCUCGGGCUUAUCAUACAGGUUUCAGCCAUGGAUUUAACUGUGCGGAGGCAGCCAAUAUUGCAACUCCAGAAUGGUUAAGGGUUGCUAAAGACGCUGCAAUUCGUAGAGCUUCAAUCAAUUAUCCUCCAAUGGUAUCUCACUUUCAGUUGCUAUACGAUCUUGCUCUAAGUUCCAGAUCACCUCUGUGCACUGGUUCUGAACCGAGAAGCUCACGACUAAAAGAUAAAAGAAGGAGCGAAGGCGAAACAGUUAUAAAGGAGUUAUUUGUACAGAAUAUUCUCGAGAAUAACAGCCUGCUGGACGUUCUCGGAAGUGGGGUUUCGGUUGUACUUCUUCCUCAAGGUUCUUCAGAUUCUAUUUAUUCAAGACUGCGUGUAGGAUCCCACAUGAGAGGCAAACUUAGAUUUCCUGCUGGUUUUUGCAAUUCUAAGGAAGAAGCCGAAUCCCCUCAAAGUUUUGAUUAUGAUAAUCUCACACUAGAAAACAGCCAGGGAAUGAAUCGAGUUAAAAGUCUCUAUUCAGUCAACGGACUUUAUUCUACUCUAUCUGAGAGAAGCACAGGUAAUUUAUGUGCGUCAAGUUCAAGGAUUUUGAAUGCCACCAAUGAACGAGGUGGUAGCGUUCACUGCGAUGGAUUAUCGGACCAAAGACUGUUUUCUUGUGUCACGUGUGGCAUUUUAAGCUUUGCCUGUGUAGCCAUCGUUCAACCCAGAGAACAAGCUGCUAGGUACCUUAUGUCAGCUGACUGUAGCUUCUUUAAUGAUUGGGUCGUUGGUUCCGGGAUAACCGGUGAAGGGAUUGCUAUAAGAGAUGGGCAUGGUGUUGCUUCUAAUAGUGGAAAAAGAGAAAGGUGCGUCGCUGAUGGUUUGUACGAUGUCCCAGUCCAGGCCGUCAAUCGCCAGCUUCCAGUAGCGGAUCAAAGUUACAAAGCUAACUUUAAUACUGAAAAACGAAACGAGACUUCUGCCCUUGGCAUGCUCGCAUUGACUUAUGGACAUUCAUCUGAUUCCGAGGAGGAUAAUGCUGAACCCGAUGCUGCUUUACAUGCCAAUGAUGCUAAACCAACAAUUUGUUCUUCAGUAGACCAAUAUCAGUUUGAAAAUUCUGGUCUUACUUCUAGUGAAUAUUGUAAAAACAGUGCAACCUCCAAUCAUGAUCCCUUGUCAGCUAACUCUGCAGAUCAAAUGCAGUUCCAAGUCAAUGACUAUGAAGAAUUUGGAAGAGCUAGAUUUGAUUCCAAAGACUCGUUCAAUUGUUCUUUGGAGUUUGAAAUCGAUGGCGUAGGUUCAACUAAGAAAAAUGACUUGUCAACUAGAUAUCAAGAUUCACAUGUGAAUGGAAAACCUUCCUUAGAUACGGAUACUGAAAAACCAAUGUUUGAGCAGUCCGCUGAACCAGUAGAGAUCGAGAAUAUGCCUUUCGCUCCAGAUAUUGACGAAGACUCCUCUAGGUUGCAUGUAUUCUGUCUAGAACAUGCAAAAGAAGUGGAACAACAACUUCGCCCGAUUGGAGGCGUGCAUAUUCUUUUACUUUGUCAUCAAGACUAUCCAAAGAUGGAAGCCGAAGCGAAAUUGAUGGCACAAGAAUUAAGUAUCGACCAUCUGUGGACUGAUACGACGUUCAGAGAUGCCACCCAAGACGAAAAAAAGAGAAUUCAGUUAGCUUUAGAUAGUGAGGAAGCGAUUCCGGGUAAUGGAGAUUGGGCUGUAAAGUUGGGAAUUAAUCUCUUUUAUAGUGCCAACCUUAGCCAUUCUCCUCUUUAUAGUAAGCAGAUGCCAUACAACUCUGUUAUUUAUAACGCAUUUGGGCGCAGUACUUCGGCUAACUCUUCGGGUAAGCCGAAAGUCUAUCAAAGGAGGAGCGGCAAGCUGAAAAGAGUAGUUGUAGGGAAAUGGUGUGGGAGAGUCUGGAUGUCGAAUCAAAUUCAUCCUUUGCUAGCAAAGAGAGAUCCUCAAGAAGAAGAUGUCGACGGCUUUCCUUCUUGGACAAUGUCGGAUGAGAAGAUCGAAUGGAAAUCGGACAAUAUCCAGAAAAGUGAGACUGUUAAUAGAAAGUCUGCUGGCAAGAGAAAAAUGACUUAUGGGAGUGGGGCGGCGACUAAGAAAGCCGAACCUAUAGAGUCGGAGGAUAUUGUUUCGGAUAACUCGGGUGAAGAUUGUAUUCGUCAGCAUCAUAGGAUUCUACAAAACAAGCGGUCUAAAAUUGUUGCGAGUAAAGAUGCCAUGUCCGAUGAUUCUGUGGAGGAUGUUUCUUAUAAAAAACAUGGAAGAGUUCCUGUCAAUGAGGAAGCUUAUUGUGAGACAGACGACCCUGGUUCAGACGAUGGUCCAGACGAAUCGCUAGGAGGUCGUCAUACUAAGCUGCACAGAGGGUUCUACGGAUUCAAGCUGCCCAAAUGGGGCGAGAUAGAACCUGCAGUUUCCGAUGAUUCCUUAGAGCGCGAUUCUUCUCAGUUUCGUGGUAAAAUGAGUAAAAGUAAGAUAGAUAAAUAUGUUGAGAGACAAGAUGCACUUUCGGACGAGUGUUUGGAGAGUCCUCUUAAGCAAUAUAGAAGGAUUCCGAAAAGCAAGCAAGCCAAAGUUGUUAAAAAGAAUGUCAUUUCGCAUGAUAUUCGGGACGAUAGUUUUCUUUGGCAUCGUCAAGGGACUUCUAGAAGCAAGAUGGCCACGAUCGACAGUGAAGAUGCAGUUUCGGAGGACUCCUUCGAAAAUAGUUCUCAUCAGCUUAUGAGUACGCCUCGAAGCAAAUCGGCCAAACGUACUGCAAGGGAAAAUGUAUUUUCAGAUGAUCCAGAUGAAGAUGAUACCUCUCUUCUGCACCAUAGGAAAAAUGUAAGAAAUGUGCAAUCGAAGUACUUCGAGAGAGAAAAUACACCAGACGACCAACUCGAUGAUAGUGCUAAUCAGUGCAGGACGAGGGUACUUCGAAGUAAGCCUGUUAAGAAAGAGACCAUUUCUCAAACGAAACAAGAGAUUCUUCGACCUGCAAAGCGGGGAGCCUCUCGAACUUUGAAAGAAGAAUUCUCUCAACCUCUAAAACGUGGAGGCCGCCAUACCUUAAAACUAGAGACCCCUCAGCCAACAAAACAACUCGCCCCAAAUCGACGUGGUAAGCAAGCUAAGAGGAAUAAUAAAUUGACCGAUUUAGAAUCAGAGGAAGAGCAACAACUAGGUGGGCCGAGCACACGUCUUAGACAAAGAACCCCAAAGCCUACUAAAUUUUCAGAAACGAAACCGAAUGAUAAAAAGCCAAUUGGUAAGAAAAAGGUGAAGAAUGCUUCAUCUUUGAAGACUCCAGCAGGCCAUAGAGACUCAAAAGCAAGGGAUGAGGAAUCAGAGUAUCUUUGCGAUAUCGAGGGUUGCAAUAUGAGUUUCGGUUCAAAACAAGAACUCGUCUUGCACAAACGAAACAUUUGUCCUGUCAAAGGGUGUGGAAAGAAAUUCUUCUCACACAAGUACCUCGUACAGCAUCGUCGAGUACACAUGGACGAUCGUCCCCUCAAAUGUCCAUGGAGGGGCUGUAAGAUGACAUUCAAAUGGGCAUGGGCACGAACAGAACAUAUUCGUGUUCAUACAGGUGACCGACCUUAUGUUUGUGCUGAACAAGGAUGCGGUCAGACAUUCAGAUUCGUGUCGGAUUUCAGUCGUCACAAGCGGAAGACUGGACAUUCAACAAAGAAAGGUAGAGGUUAGUAUUGCGGACAAUGAAUGUUGUUUUUUUAAUAUGAAUAGUUAUGAUGUUGGUCAGAUGACAGGUUUAGGAUUAUUAGAGAUAGGGAUAGGUUUAGCAAAUCCCUGUAAUUAUUAUCAAUUAAUUCUGUUGUGUUGUCUGUGUUCAUUGGUGUUAUAGAUUUUCUGUAACCUUGCAAUUGCUUGGAUCUUCAAACAUUCUUCUCCAAUGAAUGUCAGAUGCUAAUCAUGAUCUUAGUUGGGGGUUGGACAUUGCCCCUUCUGGGAACUUUGUGUAC